GACAUCAUCGCCGCGUUAUCAGCGCAAUGAACGUGGUACUUCAAGAAGCGCCCGGCAGUAGUUUACCUGUUUAUUUGAAGCCACAAGGUUUAGUGCAGUUCAUGCGCUACCCCAUUCCCGCUGGACUAGAAACGCACUCGCUUGCUUCCGUUGGUAAAUCAGAUCAAAAGGAUUGUGACGUCAGGAUGGAUGACGCGUUGCGUUGACUUCAUGCAAAGCAAGCAACACCGGGCGCUGUGGACGAGACGCGAGCGACGGACCUACAGUAUCUGCUCUUCUCAAACAGCAUGAGACCAGGCUGAAUGAAGGACAAACAUCUCGGCAUGGCCUCGUAUCUGGAGGUGAGAGACACGAGUGAUGUUUGUAUGACGCGUUUACGCGUACCUGUUUAUAAACAGGUUGAUGGUUCGGAGCUGUUUGUUCAGAAACCGAUAGCUGAUGACAGCAAGGGACAUGAACUGGAUCUUUUCUGUGUCCCCAAACAUUACGAGGAGGAUUUGGACAGUGUUAUAAUACCCAAUGGCCUUAUUAAGGACAGGACUGAAAGGUUGGCUAGAGAUAUUGUUCGGGACAUGGGCGGACAUCACAUUGUGGCUCUGUGUGUUUUGAAAGGAGGGUAUAAGUUCUUUGCGGACUUGAUGGAUUACAUCAAGGCAUUAAAUCAAAACAUUGAUAAGUCUGUGCAAUUGACGGUGGAUUUCAUUAGACUAAAGAGCUACUCAAAUGAUCAGUCAACCAACUGUGUGAAAGUUAUUGGCGGAGAUGAAUUAUCAGCUCUUACUGGCAAAAAUGUGCUCAUAGUUGAGGACAUUAUAGAGACAGGGAAAACUAUGGAAACCCUGCUUAAACUAUUAACUGGAUUUCAUCCUAAAAUGGUGAAAGUUGCCAGUUUACUUGUGAAAAGGACACCCAGGAGCUCAGGAUACAGGCCUGACUAUAUUGGGUUUGAAGUUCCUGAUAAGUUUCUGGUGGGAUAUGCUUUAGACUACAAUGAAUACUUCAGAGAUUUGAGUCAUAUCUGUAUAUUAAGUGACAGAGCAAAAGAGAAGUAUCAAGUAUGAUACUUGACCCACCAAGUGCUGGAUGCAUGAAGACAGAUCACUGUGAACCUUCUGUGUUUGCUUUUUUGGUUGUAAAUUGAAUUUAUUUUUGUACGUGUGAGCAGGAAUGAAGAGUGAACUCGUGCAACACAGAUUUUCACAGAUGCUGGGCAGAGAUUACUUGCAUUUUCUUCAUGGUUUAAACUAAGGCCUUUUGAUUGUAUUGAUUUUAUGUUUCAUUUAAAUCCAUUUGGCAAAUCCAAAGAGUUUAGGUUUAGAGCUCAGAGAUUAAGUUAAUUGUUGUUUGUUUAAUAUUAUAUAUUUAUUCUCUAGACAUUACCCUAGUGACAUCGGAAUGCAUUAAAACAUAAAUGCAUAUGCAGUUGAUAAGGACGGGAGGCGUCUUUCAUUAAAAUUUACAUGAACAAACAUAAUUUUGUUAUGCAUAUGUUAUAAUUGUUUAAGAAAUUAUUGUCCUUUUAAUGUCAACUGCCAUCAAUAAAAAUAAAAUAUUGAAAUAACACAGUA